UGCUGAGUGUACUGUGUGUGACAUCCAGUGGGUGUUUGUGUGUUUGAGAGUGUGUGCAGGCGUUUAAAGUCCAGUUGGAUUAUCUUGUGCUCAAGGAAACGUACACGUCCUUCUCUUCGAGGAAUUUGUGCGUGAUUCAGGUUUCUUCAGUCCUCUCUACAGCACGGUGAAAGAGGCUGCCUGCUUGCCUGCCAGUGUUUUGUCAGAGCGAGUGGGUGUGUUUGUGUGUGUGUGUGCAUUUGCAGGGGUGUAUGCUUGUCGCAAGGUGAAUAUGUUUGUGUGAGUGCCUUUGCAUGUGUGUAUACCCUGGUUGGAGUGUGUUUGUCCCAUGAGACGCCCGGCUGAGAUGCAGGGAGCUCGAUCCCCUGCGCUGCAGCUCCUGCUGCUGAGCUGCUGUGUGUGUGCGGCGGCCGGCUACCCGUUUAAAGCUCCCCUGGAUCUGGAUGUGACUCCGCGCGUCACCGUGUUGAGCAGCGGUCUCCAGGGCUGCAGGCGUUUCCAAUCCUCUGCAGUCAACUACAGCACCAUGCUGCUGGAGGCUGAAAGCGAGCGUCUCUACGUCGGGGCCCGGGGGGCUGUAUUCGCUCUCAAUGCCUCUGACAUCUCAGCCAGCUCUGCUCUCACUAUUGAGUGGGAGGCCUCUCCUGAGCAAAAGCACCAGUGUCUGCUCAAGGGAAAAGACAAUCAGACUGAGUGUUUCAACCACAUCCGCUUCCUCCAGAGAUUCAACUCGACUCAUCUCUACAUGUGUGGGACUCAUGCCUUCAAACCACUCUGUGCAUACAUAGAAGAGAAGAUGUUUGUGAUGUCAUCUCAGCCCGAGGAGGGCAGAGACAAAUGUCCCUAUGGCCCGACAACAGGCUACACUGCCCUCAUCAUAGACGAGCAGAUGUAUACAGCUUCCCAGUAUGAGUUCAGGAGCUUUCCAGAUAUCCGCCGCAACUCUCCGUCUCCCACACUGAAGACAGAAGAUGCCCCCACUCGCUGGUUGAAUGAGGCAGACUUUGUGGGCUCUGCACUUGUGAGGGAGAGCUUGGGCACCAGCAAUGGCGAUGACGACAAGAUCUACUUCUUCUUCACCGAGAGGAGCCAGGAGCAGACGACGACCUACAGCCACAGCAGGGUGGCACGGGUGGCUCGGGUUUGCAAGGGGGACCGAGGAGGUCGUUUAACUCUCCAGAAACGGUGGACGUCCUUCCUCAAGGCUAGGCUGAUGUGUUCUUUGCCCGAGUAUGACUUCCACUUCAACAUGCUGCGCAGCGUGUUCGUCAUGCCUGGACACACGCCGCAGGACACACUGUUCUACGGCAUCUUUGGCCUAGAGUGGAAAAAUGUGAAGGCGUCUGCUGUGUGUCGGUUCUCUCUGUCUGAAGUACAAGAGGCCUUUCAGGGACCCUACAUGGAGAACCAGGACUCUGACUCUAAGUGGAAGGAAUACACUGGAAAGAUCCCUGACCCACGACCUGGAACGUGUAUAACUGACGCUCUGAGGGCCAAGGGCAUAAACGUCUCCACCUCCCUUCCUGAUGAUGUGCUGAACUUUGUCAGGCGGCAUCCUCUGAUGUCCCAGCACGUCCAACCUUCAGACAGGCGCCCCCUUUUGUUCAGAAGGACCACUGACUACACACACAUGGCUGUACACAUGAUCCAAGGCUUAGAUGGACAAAAAUACCAUGUAUUGUACAUGGGCACAGAUGAAGGCUGGUUACACAAAGCUGUAGAGGUCGAGGGUCAACUGCACAUUAUCGAGGAGCUGCAACUCUUUGAGGAACCACAGCCUGUUAAGAAUCUACUGAUAUCUGCAAAACAGAUGAGUGUGUAUGUGGGCUCUCCAUCAGGCGUGGUGCAGCUGCCACUCUCUAACUGCCACAGAUACACUUCCUGCUAUGACUGCAUCUUUGCCAGGGACCCUCACUGUGCCUGGAAUGGAGCCCAGUGCGUGAACAUAAUGUCACACGUGGACAGAUCCACUUUAAUCCAGGACAUCCAGCAUGGCAGCAGGGGAUGUGAGAACACACAAGAUGAUGUUGUCCAGCGGAGCCGCUCUGUGCGGGUGGGUGAUGACGUGCUGCUACAGUGUGAGCUCAGCUCCAACCUGGCGACCCCCCUCUGGACUCUGGACGGCAGCGAGCUGCAGGGUUACGGCCUCAACUCUGGCUUCAGAACCGGCACAGACGGCCUGCUGGUCAUCGAGGCCCGGCAGGACCAGAGCGGGCUGUACACCUGCUACGCUGUUGAGAACAAUAUCAAGGUCGCCAUCGUUACGUUCAAUGUCACCAUCCGCCUGGACCUGCCCCCUCCCCCGCCUGUUGAGCCAACCGAAGAGCCUUAUGAUCUCUUCGCCACCCCGCCAGCACCCACAGAGCAUCCAUCCUCCGAGAGGCCCCUGCCACCACCCCCAGCUCCUCUCCUCCCCCACUCAGAGCUGCUCUCCCCCAGGAACAUGGAGGCCAUGUACCUGUCCCUCAUCACCAUCCUCGGAGGCCUGUGUGUGGUCCUCACCGUGGUCCUUGUCUAUGUGGGCUUCUGCCUGCGUGUGGGCCACAGAGGGAAGUACUCACUACGUGCGGCGGCUGCUGCCUACCCGAACAGUAAGAAGCACAACAGGAACAAGAAACAGCACAGAAGCUCCUCUCACAUGGAGCUGAAGACCAUCUCAAGCCACUGUAACGGCAACGGCAUUUGCAAUGGAGUUUCAAAGCAACAUAACGGCGACAUACAGGACGGAGGCUUCCUCCAGAUCGUCCCCGGCGAGGGUCACCCGUCACCCAAUAAGGAGCCUCCUCCCCCUGCCCCUCCUCUCCCUCCCACGCCGCAACUUCCCUCUCCAGAGUGCGACUUCCCCAACGGGCUGUCGGCCACGCUGCCCAGCGUCCUGCGGAGGAUGAACGGGAACAGCUACGUGCUGCUGAGGCAGAGCGAAUCUGAAAGCACGUCACCGCUCUGCUACUCCUUUGCUGAGGAGCUCAACAGGAUCUUAGAGAAGAGGAAACACACUCAGCUGCUGCCCAGGCCGGACGAGAGCUCUGUAUAGAGAGAUGUAACUCCCCCUGUGGUGGGAGAGCUGCUGUGUUUUUACCCGGUGCUGAAAAUGCCUCUCAUAUGACUCAUUGUUGUUGCGCACUAAAGGAAUGAGAGAGUCUUAUCUACAGUCUUUACUUAUUCCACAUUGAGACAUCCCUGCUUUUUUGAACCUUUGGGCUUUUUGUCAACCUUAAUUCCCAAAUUUCCCAACACAGGUUUCCAGUGAAGGACCGAGCAUGAAAUGGAAAGAAAAAUAUGAUCUACCUCACCUCAAUACUGCCCAGAUGGACAUGUGCAGUCAACCUGUAGUCUGAUCCUUGUAUCAGGGCUGAUAUCUGAGUCACAGAAAGAGCUCUGAUGCACAACGCUCAGAUACACAGACUUCCAAAGAGGAGCAGAGCCCUGUGGGAAUAUAAAUACAUGUGAAGACUUCUGCUAUGGGGUGGCCAUAUUUGGCUCCGUUCAAACUAGAGGGCAGCUAGCCAAAGUUUGUUUGCACUGACAAGUGCACAGAUGGCCUAUGCAUUUUUAAAACACAACAUUCACACAUUUUAAAUAUUGAGGGAAUGGAUGUGAUGAGCACGGGAAUUUGGUUUUCACUGACUUUACAAACACAAAAUAAUAUACAGUAACACUUUACACCAGCCAUCCCUGAGAAAUGGUGAACUAAUCGUUAUUUAAUAUUACUAUUAACCAAGAUUUGGAGUAAAUCAUUAGCCAAAUUGAAGAUUUAUUAACUUAUUGCAUGGUUUUAUUAUUAAUGACAUAAUGUAUGUUAUGUAAUUAUUAAUGAGUCACAUAUUAUUUUAUAAAAAAUAAAAUUAAACAAUCAUUAAUAUGGUGGUAUCAAAACGUUAUACUGCCACAAUAAGCAUCAACGUAUGUAGAACCCUAAUGAAAGUCACAGUUGAGGUUCACUCAAUCCAUCCUGAAUGGUUGAAGCUGUUGAAGCCUUAUGUCUACAAAUAAGACACAACUGGCCAUUAAACAUGAAUUAACAUAAACAGUGAAGGGUUCAUAUCAUAUAUGAAAUUCAUACAAUAUUAAUGAAUAAACAAGGAAAUAAUGUUAUUUAUCUUUUACUUUAUUGAAGAAAUAUUAAAUAGUGAUUAUUUCACCAGAUUUUAAAAGAGAACCUGAUGAAAAUAUGACAGUAUUAAUUUAAUGCACUUUACCAGUUUUAAAGCGCUUUUGAAAACUUAUUGGACACUACUAUGGAAUUUGGCACUGCAACCAGCGGAGCUUUUUGAUUGGCUGUUUCUCAGUGUGAAGAGCUGCAGCGGUGAAGAUCAUGGCUGCGUCCACUGGACCUUGUUUGACACAAGCGGAUUAAAAGGGAAACAUUGAUUGUCUCUCAACUGAGCCUGAAUCCACUGCUGAGUGACACCGUGCGUGAGACCAUAAUACAGGAUGACUGACUGUGAGGGGCAGGAAAAUGUUUCCAAGGUCUGAUUAGCACAGGUCAGUUUGAACCUCUCUUAAUUUCGUUCCCGGGGACACCCAUCUCCCAACUAGCGUCAGAUGGUAGGACUGGCUGCGAAGAUGUUCUUCUAAUGAGCAGUGAAAUUAGAUUCACCAUCGUUAGUGGACAGCGACGCCAGAGGAGAAAGAGAGGCUGGAUAAGGGCUACGGCAUGAGAGUCUCUGCACCUACGGCGCAGCUCUGCUUCCUCACAACUGGAAUGAAAAGUGUUGGCUGCAGUGACUCACCGAGCAGCGUUUGUUCUUCAGACAGCGGCCCCUUUGUGUGCAGACAGCAUCCUUGCUUCUGUUUGAUGCAAACCUGUUAGACCAAAACUCGACGUAUAUAUACGACCUUUUUCUCACACUUGCUGCAUGACUUAUGUUUCAACACUAUUUUUUCUUCAAGUUAAGGAAAUAACAAGGAUGACUCAUCUUGAUAUUAAUGAAAAGUGCCAAGGUUUAUGUUUUGCUUUGUAAGCCUAUUUUAUUGCACAACCAGUAGAAAAGGAUUUAAAAAAAAAAAAAAAAGAAAAAAAGAGAGGCAUAUUUAUUUUGUAAUUUUGUACAUUGUGUUUUGGAACUUAUUGUCAAUAUUGCUGUUUAAGUGCCACUUGUGAGACACCUAUCUGUCCAAUAGGAGGGUCACAAUUUGCCUGUGUUGCACACAAUGUGAUAAAUAGAAGCAAACUGUAACCAAAAGCAUGCGGAGGCUUUUCCAGCACCACAGAAUUUAAUAUUUAUAACCUACUAAUGGGAUAUACAGUAAAAUACACCGAUUCACCUAUUCAUUAUAACCUAUUAAUUAGGUACCAUUCAGCUUUUCUGGCACUGUAAUGUCCACAUGUUAGUUUUGAUCUCUAUUUGCAUGUUACACCAUGCUUGUGCCCACAGCAAAUCAAAAUUCUUUUACUCUGCUAACACAAAAAAUAACAGGGAAGUGGGUUCCUUCACAUUUCAGUCUUUAAAAUAAAACUUUGUACUUCAA